AUGGCAUUCGAUCCACCAGAUAGACCAGUUUCUCAGCUAGCCAGUUUAGUACCCAACCAAACAAUCACUCAUUUCGACAGCUUCGUCUUGGAGGAAGGCCAUGAGUUGAGGCAUGUUCCCGUGGCUUACAAAACUUGGGGUAAGCUCAACGACAACAAGGAUAACGUUAUGAUUAUCUGUCACGCUUUGUCCGGCAGCGCAGACGUCGAAGACUGGUGGGGUCCUCUUAUGGGCGCGAAUAAGGCUUUUGAUCCAAGCCGUUACUUUAUUUACUGUGGCAAUGUCAUCGGUAGUCCUUACGGAACUGUCUCACCUGUUUCCGUAAAUCCAGACACUGGGAAGCUAUACGGCCCUGAAUUCCCUAUCAGCACCGUCCGUGAUGAUGUCCGUCUUCAUAAGCGAGUACUCGACGGUAUGGGUGUCACAUCAGUAGCUGCUGUUAUAGGUGGUUCAAUGGGUGGUAUGCAAACAAUCGAAUGGGGCAUGUCUUUCGGCAGUCCCUACAUCCGCUCUAUAAUACCAAUAGCUACGUCCGUCAGACACAGCGCUUGGUGCAUAAGUUGGGGUGAAGCUCAGCGCCAAUCUAUCUACUCAGAUCCUGCCUAUUAUGAUGGCUUUUACUACGAGCACCCAGACGCAAGUGAGAGAGCUGGUCCUAUUUCCGGUUUAGGAGCUGCGCGUAUGGCAGCCAUGUUGACAUACAGAUCCAGAGACAGCUUCGAAGCACGUUUCGGUCGUAAGCCACAGCUGGGGCAGGCAGGUCGCAAGUUGUCCAAUGCCACUGGUGACGACAGCGUAUCAAAUGACUCAAACUCAUCGUCAUCUCGCCCUUCUAGUCCUGCAGACGAAGCUAGGGAUGCACAUAAUGAUGGAAAUAUACGCUCGCGCAGCAGCACAUCAGUACCACGCCCCAAAAACCUCUUCACAGCGCAGUCCUAUCUUCGUUACCAGGGUGAUAAGUUCACUUCGAGAUUUGAUGCAAACUGCUACAUACACCUCACACGCAAAAUGGACACGCAUGAUAUAGCAGCUGAGUUUUACAUGGAUGAUGAAGGUGCCAGACACCGAUCAGCAGAUCUGACGAUAGAGGAAGCAUUAACACAACUGCCUAAGAAUAUACUAGUAAUUGGUAUUGAAUCUGAUGGACUGUUCACUCCAUAUGAACAGCGCCAAAUCGGUACAGCACCUAAUGCGAAACUUGUGAUGAUUCCAUCACCAGAUGGACACGACGGCUUCUUGUUAGAGUUUGAAGCCAUCAAUGAGUACGUUGUUGAAUUUCUCAAAGAGGCGCUGCCUGAAAUUUACUCCUCACCACCUCUACUCAAUCUCGAGGAGAUCAAAUCAUUUGACACGCAAAAGACGAGCGUAUUUGGAGAAGCUGAAGCGAAUGACAUUACAGCUUGGUGA